CGUGUUGUGCUGGGGUUGAAUGGAGAUCGUCAUGAGAGAUCCCCAGUGAAAUGGAAUCUAAUACCUCACCGUGUGAAGACCGAGGUUUAUUAGAGGAAAGUGUCAAGGCAGUAAAAAGCCAUCGAGUGCAAACAGAGAAAAACUUAUGGAGCUUGGAAGGUCACCUCUCCGGCAGAAGCGAGCACUCCUUGCACAGAGCUCCCCUGGGCCUGACUCUAGAAGAUCUCCAACAGCCCAGUCAUUGCCAGCCGAGGGACUUUGUUUCCAAGCAAAAGAACACAAUGGAUUUAAGUGAAAGGGAUUCCCUAAGGAAUGCUCAAAAUAAGGCCUUUCCAUUGCAGGUGAGAUCAGUAAGGAGCUCUCAACAGGAAAACAGAACAUUGAGAGAGAAAGUGCAUGUUCUUCAGGAACAAAAUGCUUCUUUGACCUCACAAAACCACUCUCUGGUGAACAAGAUCAAAUCCAUGCAGCUGGAACUCACAAAAUCCAAAUCGAAGGUUCGCUUUUAUGAAUCAUCCCUUGGAAAUCCUUCCUCCAGAAUCCCUGAGCUAGAGGAACAAAUUGUCAGUUCAGAAGCAGAAUUACAAGCUCAGGAAAAAGCUCUCAGGAUUGCAGAAGAAAAACUAGCGGAAAGCCACCGCAAAAUGGCUGAAAAAGAACAAAAAUUCAGAGAAGAAUUGAAAAGUAUGAAAAUGGAAUUGUACGAGUGCAACAAACAAUGUAAAAGAGCUGAGAAACAGAGAAACGAAGCACUGUUUAAUGCUGAAGAACUAACCAGAGCAUUCCAACAGUACAAGAAAAAUGUGGCGGAGAAAAUAGAAAAGAUUCAAAAAGAAGAGGAGCAGAAAAUCCAGGCCCUUCAAGGCUGUAAAAGAGAACAAGAGGAAUCCUGGGAGAAGUGUAGAAAAUUGGAAAGUGAACUUGAAGAUGUGAGGGGACAUUUAAGAAGUUUGCUGUCUGAAAAGACUGAUGGAGAGGAGAAAGAGAAAUGUGCCACAGCAAGUAACACUGAGCUAAUUGCACUUCUUACCCAGUGUAAUCAGAGGGUUCUACGACUUGAGAGUGAACUUGAAAACAAAGAGAAAGUAUUAAAGGAAAAUACAAGUCUUCUUCAAGAGAAUAAGGAGUUGAAAGAGCAUCUUGCAGCACUUGAAGACCUCAGUGAAAUGAGACAUUCAGGUUCUAAAUCUAGCAAUGUCGGACCAUUAUCACAAGCGAAGAAUGACCAAACAAAUGUGUCAGAAGAUGUAAAUAAACCCCAUUCCAGUGACGGCAGUCUGGUCAUCAUGGAUCUGAGGGCACAGUUGUCACUAAAACAAGCGGAAAAUCAAGAACUACGAGCCAAACUUGUGACUGUAAAUACCAGCCUCCCGCUGGAUGUUGAACCAGUGAAGUUACCCCUACAGCAAAUUGAAGCAGAAAAGUACAUGCAGUUAGAGACAGAUAGAGAACAGUUACUGAUCCAGAAGGAGAAACUGGCAGAAAGUUUGAAAGAGCUGCAGAGGAAACUUGGUAAAGCCCAGAAUGAAAUCGCCAAUACGAAGCUUUCGAUGGCUCAGAGAACUAGUCAAUUUCAACUCAUACAGGAAGAGCUGCUGGAGAAAGCAUCAAAGUCAACAAAGCUAGAACAGGAAAUGACAAAGAAAUCACAGAAGAUUGCGUCUCUGGAAAAACUGAUGGAAGAAAGGUCUCGGGCUUACUCAGCUGCUGUAGCUAGGAAUUCAGAGCUGGAGGAUGAACUGAGGGAAUUUAAAGCUCAGAUACUUCACUUAGAAGAAAAUGUUAGCAAGGAGCAUCGAGAAGUUCUCCUGGCAUUUGAAAAGUCUAAAACUAUGCAUCAGGAACAACAGAAGGAACUCUUGAAGCAGAUAGAGCAUCUCCAGUGUCAGCAGGAAAUGAAGAAUCUUCAAAUAGCAGAACAAGACUAUACCAUUAAAAUGUUACAAGAAGACUCUGCAUCAAAGCAGCAGCAGAUACAAUCUCUGGAUAGCCUACUUGUAGAAGCCAGAAAGGAACUGGAUCAUCGAACAAAAAACACCACCGAUGCAGUUAAGGUGUUUGAGAACCAAGUGAAGGAGGAAACGUUAAAGGUGAAACAGCUUGAGUCGGCCCUGGCUAUAUGUAAAGAAGAGCUGAGUAUUUAUUUACAGCAGCUAGAAGGAAACAGAGAAGAUUUUGAAGAUCAGAUAAAGAAAAAAUCAGAGGAGGUUCAGUGUUUGAGAAAGGAAAUGAAGUUAAAGACCCAAAGUCUUCAAGAAACCAGUGAAGAAAAUGUACGGUUGCAGCAGACACUUCAACAGCAGCAGCAGAUGCUACAGCAGGAAACUGCUCGAAUCGGAGACCUUGAGGACACCCAGGCACAGCUAGAGCAACAGAUUUCCAAGUUGGGAUUUGAACUGGAGAAGCAGAGAUCAUCGUACCAUGGAGAAAUGAAAACCGCAGUAGAGAAACUGCAAGCAGCCAAUAAAGAAAUAGUACUGAAAACCCAUCAUGUUCAUCAGUUGAGCAAAAACAUGGAGCAGGUAAAGCGUGAACUGGACAAUUGCAAAGACAAGUUGAAGCACACUGAAGAGCAGCUGUUGUCAGUCACUGCUGAUGGGGAGUCUAAGAACAACAGACUGAAUCAGAUGGAUUUGAUUUUACAGAAAACAGAGACUGAACUUACUGACAAAGCACAGCUUGUUGCUUUGUUACAAGAAAGAGUAACUAGAGCUGAGAUGGAUCUCAAGAGCAAAGAAGACAUGGAAAUGGAGCUUCAGCAUGUGAAGAAGCAGUUGCAGGACAAUCUCGAACAUGUUGAAGAGCUUCAAGAGGCACUCACAAAGACCCACUUAUUAGUGGAAGAAAAAGACGUCAUAAUACAAGCCCUUACAGAGGACUUAAGGACAUGUAAGAAUGAAUUGGAUGAGAGAGACCAUGAGUUUCUGGAUAUGGACCAGGCCCUGAAAGACAGGAACUGGGAGCUGAAGCAGAGGGCAGCCCAGCUAACCCAACUGGACUCCACCAUUCGGCAACACAAAGAAGAACUGGAACAGAAAAUUAUUAAACUGGAAACUGCACUAAUGAAAUCUGAACAGGAAACAAAAGGUCACAUGUCACAGAUUUCAUCCCUGCAAGAAAAACUCCAGGAAAUGAGGGAGCAACUUCGAGAAAAAGACUUUGACCUGCUUCAGAAAGAUCAGUUUGUAAAUCAGCUACAUAAAGAAUCUGAGAAAAAGCAGCUAGCAAUAACUGAAAUGGAACAGACACUUAAGUCACAGCAGAGCUGCAUCUGCGAACAACAGCAAGAGGAGAAGGAGCUAAACCAGCAAGUACGGCUGGCCCGAGAACGGAUGCAAUUAACUCACCGGGAGCUCAUGGAAACCCGACAGCAGCUGGCUGAGGCUAAUAAAGAAUCAGACAGGCUUGUACAUAAGCUGGACGGAAUUGAUCGCCUUUCCAGAGAAAAGCUGCAGCAGAUGAAACAAGAUUUGGAAGACGCACAAGAUACAAUCUGCAAUUUGAAAACAGAGCUCGAAGCCAGAAAUGAGGUGAUCAAAGCCACUAAUGAAGUACUGAUCCUGAAGGAGUCUGAGCUGACCAGGUUGAAAGCAUGCAUCUCUGGGUGGGAACGGAAGCUUGGCCUUAACCAGCUGCUAAAGUCAUCCUCUCUUUCUUCUGAUAUACUUGGUGAAUAUGAAGCGCUGGACUCUUACAAGUUCUCUGAUGCCUCUGACUUGAAAAACUGGAGGAUACAGCACUCUAUGAGCGAUCGCAGCCUUACAGACAUCAGCUCACUAGAUCUCCCCAAAAAUAUGAUAGAUGCCAUAAAGGAUUCCCCACUAGGAAGGAGGAUUACUGACAGCACUACACAUGUGCCUUUCGAUGCCUUGAGUGAGACUUCAUUCAAUCCUCUUGAGUAUGCAGUGGAUGAUCAGUGUGAUAGGAUCUCAGAUUGCCCUGAUUUAGGCACACUCAGCGGAAUGCUGAAAUACAUUAAACAGGAGAUGAAAUUAUCUGAAGCCUCUCAGGCACACAGCCCAGACAAGAAUCUGUGGACUGAGGAGGGUUGCCAAGAAAAACAGACAUGACCCACAAUCUACACAAGAAUAAACCCCGCAGACAAAGCCCGGCCUGUAUAUAUGUU